CAACAACACCCUCAAUAUGAGCGCUCAAGCGUACUACGAACUCUACCGGGGAAGCAGUCUUGGCCUGUCGUUGACAGACACCCUUGAUGACUUGAUCAACGAAGGUCGCAUUGAGCCGCAGCUGGCCAUGAAGAUUCUCUCCACAUUUGACCGCGUUAUUACCGAAGUUCUUGCGGAUAAGGUCCGCACUCGUCUGACUUUUAAGGGUCACCUCGAUACAUAUCGAUUCUGCGACGAAGUGUGGACCUUCUUAAUCAAAGAUGUCAAUUUCAAGCUGGAUAAUCAGCAAACCAUCAGCGCGGACAAAGUGAAAAUCGUGAGCUGCAACAGCAAGAGGCCUGGUGAGGCUUGAGAACCGUGGGUUUGAAGAUCUACGAUUGGGCAUAUGAAAUGGGGCGUUCUUCACCUUUCAAGUGUUGCCUUCUUGGCUUUAUGGGCAUGCGGUCAAUUUUUAUCGGCGUUUGGUGUGCUGUCG